AUGUCAGACUCAUUAACUUCAAGUCUUCAUGACCUGGAGUUGGAACCCAAACCUUCAGACGAUCCUCGAAAAACAGUUGUCGAACUCAUCCAGCGAUGCAAAAUAUUACAAGAGGAGGUCGAGAAGUACGUUUCAGCAGUCGACGCAAACCAGAAGGAUGCAAAGAUCCCAUAUCAAGUCGAAUACCGAAGUCUGCGGAACGACUUCAAGAAUGAGCUUGCCUUUCUGAGCAAGUUACAAGGUUCAGACCUGUCUACGGAGAAAGCUCGCCACUACAUUGUAUCAUCGAAUCUGCUAUACUAUGAAGCGCUGUGGGCCGCGGCGAAACGGUCGUCAGGUUUGCUAGGCUUCCGGAAAUACUUCUUCUGGAACCGACAGAAAGAGGGCCAUGGCACGAAAGGGCUCAGCCUUGCAAAAGGUAGUCAAACGAAAGGCAAGAGCUCCGCGUUGGUCGACAUUGUAGCAGAUGAUGGCAUGGAAUGGGUGCGCGUAUCCACUAUAUCCGAAAAGCGGCUUUUGUUCGAUCUUGCGAAACUGGGCUGGCAGAAUGACAGCGAUUCGGAUGAAGACACGCCAGAUGCUCCGGCCAGUAACUGGGAAGAUGAUGACGAUGAUGACCAAGUCGACAUCGUUAAGAACGCUCGCGAACUGGCUCGCGCUGCGCGUGCAAACCCAAUUCGGGGGCAUGGUCCGAAAGUGCUCUUUGUGUUGACGCGGAUCCAGUCAGGCAAGCUAAAAGAGGUCGACGCGGUGCUCGAUAAGAUCAGAGAGACAGGUGUGGUCGUACAGUGUGCCAACGAGAUACCGGAGACUCUGCCAUUGGAGUCAGUCCUCCCAAACCUCCUCAUCGAUCGCUCUCGCACGCUCUCCAGCACGCUCAAUAUUGAUUGCACGAUUUUGCUGGCAUUGAUAUCCGACAUUUCGCACAAGCAAUGUCCGAUACUUGAUUGGUAUCCUGGCGAAGUUCGAGCGCAGAUCGAGGAGGAAGCAAACGAGAAAUUGCUACCCACCCACCUCUAUCCGGCAAUCGGGUCGCGCCCAAUGGUGUGCACUAAGGAAGCGGCUGAUCAGAUGAACUUGAUUGUCGACACUCUAGCGACGGAUAAGGAGAAAGUGCGCGCGAACUUGCUCCUUGCUCAGGGAGACCGCCAGGCUACGCCAUCGGACCAGUUGCUCAGUGCCUGGCUCGAGUUAUCAGACCAUCCUGUGCCCAAAGGCUUUCAGCUCCCUAUCCGGGUUGUGCCGAGCAAUUUGGACCAAAUAAUAGAGAAACUUCCCGCCGUUGCCAAUAAGAUUGCAGCCGAGGUGAACAAGCUCAACAGCGCGAUAUUUUUCUAUGGAUGGGCCGAAGGUCUAACAACACUGAGCGCGAAUCGAAUGAGAGCGCGUCAGAUCGAUCGGCUGAUCAACGAGAACGGUCUGGCGGACGGCGAAGCUGGACCGCACAUUUGGCUUUGCGGCGAGAGUCGAAGCCUUAUCGCCAAACAAGGGCGUCGGAAAUGA